GCUGAACCUUGGGAAUGCUGAUGCGAUCCAACAUCUUAAGUCUCGGUGCUUGAGGGAUUGCUUCGAUCAAAAAAGAAGCCUUAGCACCUUGGAAUAUCGAAUUGUCCCUGCUUUCCUGGCUCGAAGUUGGCGCCUGAAAGCAGGCGUCAAGCUUUUUUGUGAAGUUCACUUUCCAUGUUUGCCUUCGAAUGAAUGUGCCGGACAUCAGCUGCCAUGCUGUGGCAGCUCAUUCUCGUUCUUUGUAUUGAUCUGAUCUCAGCAACCAGAUCUACCCAACAGGAUGUUCUGGAUCUUCACCGCGUCCAAGGCGCAGGCAACUGCCCACAAGAGGCAUCCUUGCGGGCAGUGCUUACGAAGCUCGGGCUGGAUGUCCCAAACGUGCACAACCUGACGAAGGAGAAACAGAAGAUUGUGUGGCGCCACUGCGACGUCCGGAAGAUCGUCCUCCAUGGCCUCGCGGAGCUGCAGGGCACGUUGGACGAGCAGAUCGCAGAGCUGACGGAGUUGCAAAGUUUGGACCUCGGCGACACCGAAGCCAGCGGCGACAUCAAGGUCUUGGAGAAGAACACGAAGCUGGAGAAGCUGUGCCUCCGGAACACCCACGUGACUGGUGACGUGGGAAGCGUCUCACAAGCCACGGGCUUGGUGGAACUCGACUUGCGGAACACCCACGUGAGUGGCAACUUGCAGAGCCUCGCUCAAGCCACGAGGAUGACUUACCUCUACCUCCAGAACACCCAUGUGACUGGCAGUUUGAGCAGCCUCGCUCCAGCCACGGAGUUGGAAAGCCUCUACCUGCAAAACACCCAGGUGGCUGGCAAUUUGAGGAGCCUCUCUCAAGCCACGGGGUUGGAAUUCCUGCACUUGGAAAACACCCAGGUGGCUGGCAAUUUGAAAAGCCUGGCGGGAAAAACAUGCUGGCGGGAACUCCACUUGCAGAACACCCGGGUGACUGGCAAUUUGGAAGACCUCACUGAGGCCAACGAGUUGGAGGAACUCCUCUUGCAGAACACCGGGGUGACUGGCGACAUCUCCGCGCUGCGCCACUUCCCCUACCUUAGCAUUGCGGAUUUCUCCGGGACCAAGGUGUCAGGGCGUGUUGGCAAUUGGCCGACGGACUGCCUGCGCCUGAGGGUCUUGAAGCUGGCAGAGACCCAGGUGUCCUUCGUAGACACGUCCAGGGAGCCAGAGGCAAGUUGUGAUAGCUACGACCCCUACGUGGUGCAUCACCUGGUUUGUAUGUUCCCCAAACUGACCACGUUGGACCUGAGCGGCUCACCGCUCAACUGCUCUGCAGCAGAUUUGUUCCGGAGCCUCCGGGCCUCGCCAUCUUUGGCCACACUGAAAGCUGCCAACACCGGCCUCAGCGGCGAGAUAGGCACCGACGCGCAGCACAUCACGGCUGUGGACGUUGACAUGUCAUACAACAAGUUAUCACAUAUUGCUGCACUUCCGCCCCAAUGGCACAGCUUCACUGCCGCAGGCAAUGACGGCAGUUUGACGUUUGGGGAGGGUGUGCUUGGCAACGCCAUCCGUGCUGGAGUGUUUGCCGCUCUGUGGAAUGUGGCCUUCAAAGAUCCAACGGAAAGUGCACACCUUCUGGACCAGAAGCUGCUAAGACCUACUGGAUCUCGAUCACUUAUGAACGAAGAUCGCGGCUUCGCCUGCUACGACGUGCUGCCAAAAUCUUUUCAGAUUUCACCGGAGCUUUUCGCGCCGGAGAGGCUGUGCAGCUGCCUCCCCGGUUGGAAUGGCUCAGGGGCCAACUGCCAGCAGUGUCCCAAGAACACCUUCAAGUUUGGCUUCGAGGGCGCUUGCCAGCAAUGCCCGGAAGGCAGUCAAUCCGAUGCAGGCGCUACAUCGGAGCGGCAGUGCCAGUGCAAGAUAGGUGAGGUCUUCAACAACCGUGGUGCUCCGCGCUGCGGAUGUCCAAAGGGUGAAGCGCAGCUGGGAGAUUUGUGCGUGAAGUGCCCGGAGCUCAACUGGAACUGCUCUGAGCCAGGCUCAGAAGUUCUCUCAGUCAGGCCGCGCCUCGGCUUCGCGCGGCUGGGCAAGCAGACCAAAGCGUUCAAGUGCUUCCCACCAGAACGCUGCGGUGAGUCCGCGGGGUCCGCGUCCGGAUGCUUUACUGGUUACAGGGGCAUCCUUUGUGCAGAUUGCAGCGCUGGAUUUUAUGCAAGUGGGGAUGCUUGCGAGCGUUGCACCACUGCCUCGAUCCUGCCCGAUAUUCACUACGCUUGGCACGCCGCGGGCUGCGCCAUGAUGUUCGGAUUGCUGGGAGGGCUGCUGUGGCUACGGAACCAGGGUCAGCCUCAACAGGACAAUCCAGACAGCCAAGGACAGCGACAGCAAAACAAGGGCCUCGGUGCUUUGAAGCAUCAACUCAGAGUGCAGGCGCCAAUUCUUCUCCAACUAUGCCAGCUUUGGACUGUCGUGGCAACGUUGUCAUCAAGCCAAGAAGGAAGCAACAACAGUAAGGAGCCUUCCAGUUCCGCUUUGUGGGAACUGCCAUACAUCCAAGCGCUUCAGCUUUCCCUUUCGAACCUCAAAAGCGUCUUUAACCUGCAAUGCCACUACGAUGGCCCUACAGUGCGCUGGGCAUCUGCGCUUCUGGCUCCAGCCUUUCCUCUCGCUGUCCUGGUGCUGUGCUUGGGAUUGGAGCUCGCACGUCGAGGGCUUGGUAUUUCGGUGGCAUUGAAGGUCAUCACCUUGCUCUACAUUGGUGGCGCGUCCAGCUCGUCGAACCUUUUAAGUUGCCAGAAGACGGAUGGACUGGGUGAAUCUUGGUGUUGCAACAUGGCAUGGGCAUCUAUGGCCUCAGAAAAGGAGUUGUUAGAACAGUUGCCCAAGAACUUUGCCUUCAGAAGUGCAAUUCCUGAAAUUCUUUGCGAUGAAGAGUCAUCCUUCAAAACCAGAGUUGACGUGAUCGCCUACAGCACUGCCUUCGGCUACGCCGUGGUGAUCCCAUGCUGUCUCUUGUACCUCUAUGCUCGGCAGCACCUCGUUUUGCGCGGCAGCAGGACCGUUACGGUCAAUGCAACCCAAGAGGACGAUCUCAAAGUGACUUUGAGGCCAGUCCUGAAGUCAGGAAACCAAGUCUCAGAGCAGCAUGACCAGCGGACCCGUCACACAGUCGCAUCAACUGCUGCCUACAUCUCCUUGAUGUUUCGAGGGCCGCUCUCCAUGAAAAUGACAAACGGACAGAUGGUGGUGCAGAUGCUGGAGGGUUGCAGCUUGAUGCAUGGAGAGGCGGAGAUGGAUAAACAAGUCGUAGGGGCCGUGCUUGGCGAGGAUGAGGUGCAACAAUCGCGGAUACUGAGAUGCAGGGCCAUUAGUGAGAUGCUGAUGGAGAGGUGCAUCCUGCAAGAAGUCACCCAAUCAGAGAGAACCUUGCUGGGUGCCAAGGAGUUGCUGACCAAAUAUUCCUUUGGUAGAAACGCUUUCCUGGAGAUCGUGCAGAAGUUGGUGGCCAUAGCCUUGGUCUCCACCAUCUCCAGCCCUGAUGGCUUUCAGCUGGGUUUCGGCAUCACCGUGAGCAUGGCGGCCAUGGUGGCGUUGGUGCAGCCCUAUUUAGAGCCCCAGGUGAACACGCUUCUGGCGUUCUGCUACCUUUGCUUAGCAUUGGCAGCAUGGGCUUUCUGGCUGCAGUUGGCCUGGCUUAGCCGCGCAGCCUUGGCGUUGCCCUUCCUGCUGACCUUGCUGCAGUCCUUGACGCCGGACGGAGCCGAGACUAGGGCCCUUCGCAUUUGGGAGGACCUCGAGCCCCAAGUCCCGGCGCUGCAAGAGGGCAAGGUGGUUGAAAUCACUGCAGAGACGUACAACUUCAUUUGAUUCGAAUCUCUUCGGUCUCACCUUGUGGUUGCACAUGCCCAUCGGCCAGAAAAUGUCUCUUCGUGCGCACUUUGUUGCCGCAGCUGUCACAGGGACUUGUUGCCCCAAUAGUUUUUGCAGGUUUCCUGAGGCC